GGCGGCGGGGCCGGGACAGAGCAGCCGCGGAGUCGUGCGGCGGCGGCGGCGGCCGGAGAAGAGCUGCGAGCGAGCGACCAAGUCGAGCACCCCGCUUCUGCGCCUCCCCCCCAUCUACCUUCUUUGCCCCUCACCAUUCCCCAACCAACGAGGGGUAGCGGCCGGGCGCCAGUCACCUAGGACUCCCGGAGCACCCCUUCCCCACUCCGGGCGCCUCCAUCCCUCUUCGGAGCCUCUUCCCCUGCCUCGAUUUCCCCUGGGCACCGCAACCCCUUCCCCGCCAACUCCCCUCAGCUGGCAGGAUGGUGUCCUGGGUGAUCUCCCGUUUGGUGGUGCUGGUGUUUGGAAUGCUGUACCCUGCCUACGCCUCCUAUAAGGCUGUGAAGACUAAGAAUAUCCGGGAAUAUGUCCGAUGGAUGAUGUACUGGAUUGUCUUCGCCUUCUUCAUGACGGUAGAGACCUUCACAGACAUCUUCAUUUCCUGGUUCCCUUUCUAUUAUGAGAUCAAGAUAGCAUUUGUGGUGUGGCUUCUCUCCCCUUAUACCAAGGGCGCCAGCCUACUUUACAGGAAGUUUGUCCAUCCAGCCCUUUCCUACCGGGAGAAGGAAAUUGACUCCUACAUCGUGAAGGCAAAGGAGCGGAGCUAUGAGACCGUGCUGAGCUUUGGGAAGCGGGGUCUGAACAUCGCUGCCACUGCCGCGGUGCAGGCGGCUGCCAAGAGUCAGGGUGCCUUGGCUGGCAGGCUUCGGAGCUUCUCCAUGCAGGACCUGCGCUCCAUCCCUGACAAUCCUGCCCCACCCUACCAGGAUCCUCUCUACCUGGAGGACCAGGAACUGCACCGGAGACCACCUAUCAGGUACCGUCCUGGGGGCCUGCAGGACAGCGACACCGAAGACGAGUGCUGGUCAGACUCUCAGACGAAGGCCCAUACCCUUCCCCGCCCCCGCGAGAAGCCCCUGGUCCGGAGCCAGAGCCUCCGGAUUGGCAAGAGGAAGCCGCUGGUGAGAGAGACCACCUCACGCUCCUUGAAGGUUCGAACUCGGAAGAAGGCAGCGGCCCCGGCGGAGCUGGACAGCUAGUGGCCGCCGUCGCCCGUCCGCUCUACCUCCGGCCGCCUUGCCCCUUCUAACGCCCCAUCCUCCAGAUGUGGAGAGGCAGUCGGGGCGGGGGACGUUGGAAAAGGUGGGAAGGCCUCCUUUGUGUCGUGGUUUUCAUCUCUCUCCACACGAUCUCUCCUUGCCCCAGUGCCCUCGCCCUCAGCCACACUCUCUCCCCAUCCGAGGGCCAGGGAGUGCUUGAGAGGGUCCCAGCCCCCUCCCCGGCCAGCCCGGCCUGGCUCCGGGGUCGGGAGGGCGGAUGAAGGGUUCUUAAUUCAAGUUGCUCAAUGUGUCACCAGUUGCCAAUGCCCAAGUUCUGUGUUUUCAGUAUACCAAAGCAGUCCCUCCUUUGUGCCUUGACUCGAGGGUUAUUUAUUGCCCAUCUUUUUUCUGCCAUCGUCUUGCACCUCUGGCCCCUUCAUGGUUCAGAGGUCAGGGGAGCCUUGAUUGACCUUCUCGAAUCCCAGGCCCAGCUUGGAUCAUUCCAUCUCCCUCCCCAUGUUACUUGACAGGCCUCUUCUGGGGGGGUCGUGUGUGCGUGUGUGUGUCGGUGUAAAUAUAUGUGUAUGUCUGUGUUGGUGUGUGGCCACGUUUGAAUUGGUUUUGAUAAAUAAAUACAUGAAUUUUC